AUGCACGCUCCUACUAUCGCCCAGGUCGCCACUCUUGGCAUGGCUUUCUUCGCCGCAACUUCCCGAUCCACCGACAUCUCCGGCACCGGUAUGGCUCUGGAGCAACGUGCCCCCAAGACGUGCAAGCGCAAGAACGGCGUCUGCGUGGAGCCCACCCCCGGAACCACCACCGGCACCAACCCCGACGUUGUUCCCGUUGUAGCGAGGAGCCCGAAGGGAGGCGACGCAGCUGUGGACGAUGCCAACAACAACAAGGCCAACGGAAAGAACCCCAAGAGAAGCCCGAAAGGCGGUGAUGCCGCAGCUGAUGACGCCGGCAACAACAAGGCCAAUGGCAAGAACCCGAAGAGGAGUCCCAAGGGUGGCGACGCCGCAGCCGAUGAUGCUGCCAACAACAAAGCCAACGGAAAGAACCCCAAGAGAGCCCCCAAGGGAGGCGAUGCCGCCGCUGAUGACGCCGCCAACAACAAGGCCAACGGCAAGGCUCCCAGAACCGUAGGAGCCGACGACAACAGCGCUUCCAAGUCGACCACCCAGGACGACAAGAACAACAACAAGGGCGCCUCGGGUCGCAAGGGCGGCAAGUCUAGCACCAAGACCAGCGGCAAGACCACCACCUCCACUUCUGGCUCCGACGACAAGAGCACCACCAAGGUCGACGACAACAACAAGAACAACGGCAAGGACAACAGCUCCUCCUCCUCCUCUACCAGCGGCUCCGACGACAGCAGCAAGACCACCGUCGUCGUGGACGACAAGAGCAGCACAAAGGUCGACGAUAACGACAAGAACAAGUCUGGCAACAAGCGCAGCCCCAAGGGUGGCGACGCCGCUGCGGAUGAUGCCACGAACAACAAGAAGGGUCACGGCCGCCGCCAGGAGGAUGGGGACGAGGAGGACUUUGAUGUCGACUUUGAGGAGGAUGUUGACUUUGACGAUGAGGAGUAA